AUGAGUAACAUGACCAACGAGCUGAGUCCCAUCGACCCCGAGUCGUUCAACGACUCGUACCCGCUGGACUGCUCGUUCCUGGUCUACUACGACCAGAAUGCCACGUUCAACGAGAGCAAUUGCACCUUCCAGCUCUACGAGCGGAACGCCGAGAUGAGCACCCUGGUGGUGAUCAUCACGCAGCUCUUCUACGCCAUCACGUGCAUCACGGGGCUGUGCGGCAACACGCUCGUCAUCUACGUGGUGACGAGGUUCUCCCGCAUGCAGACGGUGACCAACCUGUACAUCCUGAACCUGGCCAUCGCCGACGAGCUGUUCAUGCUCGGCAUCCCCUUCAUCAUGACGACGUCCAUCAUGCACUACUGGCCCUUCGGCUCCAUCAUGUGCAAGCUGUACAUGAUCACGACGUCGCUCAACCAGUUCACCAGCUCGCUCUUCCUCACCAUCAUGAGCGCCGACCGCUACAUCGCCGUCUGCCACCCCAUCAACUCGCCCAAGUUCCGCACGCCCAUGAUCUCCAAGCUGGUGUCGCUGACGGCGUGGUUCCUGUCGGCGCUGAUGAUCAUCCCGGUGUUCAUGUACUCGAACACCCUGGAGAGCGACGGCCGCGACAACUGCAACAUCAUCUGGCCCGAGAGCCAGGGCGUGCGCGGGGAGAUCGCCUUCACGCGCUACUCCUUCGCCCUGGCCUUCGGCAUCCCGCUCGUGCUCAUCUUCAUCUUCUACAGCCUGGUGCUGCACAAGCUGAAGACGGUGGGGCCCAAGACCAAGUCCAAGGAGAAGAAGAAGUCACGGCAGCGGGUCACGCGCCUCGUGCUCACCGUCAUCACCGUCUACGUGAUCUGCUGGCUGCCCUACUGGGUGCUGCAGCUCACGCUCAUCCUCAGCGAGCCCAAGAAGGGCCACAGCACCCUCAGGGUCGUGCUGUUCAUGGUGUCCUCGUGCCUCUCCUACAUCAACUCCGCCCUCAACCCCAUCCUGUACGCCUUCCUCAGCGACAACUUCAAGAAGAGCUUCAUGAAGGCGUGCACGUGCGCCGCCGGCAGGGAGGCCAACAACGCCCUGCGGCCGGAGAACUCCAUGUUCCCGCUGCGGCAGCGAGGGGCGUCCACGCGGGCCCGGGGCGCGCCGCAGAAGGAGAAGGAGUCGGCCGAGGGCACCACCUCGCAGGGCGCCAUGAGCAAGGAGCCCUCCACGGCCGUCACGACCACCAGCUCCAAGCAGAUGAUGGCCAUGUCCAGCCAUGACGACCACUCCCUCAGGAACGGCAGGUCGCCCGGCCCGAGGCUGCCCGACCUCUUGCAGUGAGCGUCCGGCGCGACGGAGGCGGAGCAGCAGGCAGAAGGCUGAGCGAAGUGAGCUCUUGAGGCAAAAGGAUACGAAGGGAAGGAGGUCGAGGGGGUGGACACUCGUUCUCUGCGCCUCUUGGUGAGGGGGACUUUCAGAAGGAACGGAAUGAGGAAUCACCUGAAAAGGGACAAGAAGAAAGAGAAAGAGAGAAAGAAUAAAUCUAGAAAGUUAUGGAAUAACUUUGGUUUAAUCAAAUUGAUGUUUCCUGGGAACUUUUUUUUCUACAGAGUAACACCCAUUAUUAAAAUCGCUAACUAGACGAUGAGGGAAACAAACUCAUUAUAAAGCGCCGUAUGUCUGGUACAAAGAAGAGGAUCCUGGAGUCACUAGUCAUCCAUUAAGGAUUCUCGUAAAAAAUAUAAGAGCAAAGGCAUGUAUCAUAAGGUAAACUUGGAUACUGAAGAACCACCUGUUCCCCUUUAAGUCUAGGAUUUAUAUAUGUAACAUCACCUUUGACUGUUUGGUGAGGAUAUGACAAAAAUGUAAUAUGCCAUCACGAAUCAGAAAAAGCAACGUCCAUUUAAUCGGUUUCUGUCUUAUUCUGAGAAUGGAAUAGAUUUGAAUCUCCUUCCGAGAAUUGCUAAAUAACCUCCAGCGUCAUUGGAGAUGAAACACAAAUCUAAUAACAAUUUACUUUUGGGAUGAGGACAAGAUGGAGAUUGCACUUGUGUACGUAUGC